ACCCUUCCAAUUAAGCUCUGCUUACUCGCAUGUCAACUACACCUUCCUCAGAUGCCCUUCAAAUUUAACCGCUUUGUCUAUGGUACAACCAAUACCCUGUUUGAACUCAGGGUUUAAUAGUAGUAGCAAAUCUUCGGUGGUGGCGAUCUUGUCGAAUCCGCCGUUUCCAACGCCGUGGACGUCGCUGUGCCACGUCAUAUCGUGGGCUAUGAUCCCGGUUGCCGGUUUUCCGUGGCUGUUUUGGACGGAUUACUAUUCUGACAUAAAGUUGGAAUGGGAUAACCCAAAUUGCGGAAGUUGCGAGGCACGUGGAGGACGGUGUGGGUUCGUUGGGCCAACGCUUCGGGACACUGCUUUUCAUGUUGGUUGUUACGAUCUUCCCACUCAACUUCAAGGUCUUUCGAGGAAAACCAAGUACGGUUUAGGUAUGGGCUUAGGAAUACCUGGAGCCUUGUGUAUUAUUGCGCUUGCAUAUUUGUUCUACGCCAAGAUGAAGACACAUGAGCAACAGAGGCUAUCAAGAAGUGAUUUUUCGACCAUAAUUUUACCGCGUCUUCCUGCUCAAAUCAUGGGAUUGGAUGCUGCUAGCAUAGAAAAAUACCCCAAAACCCUUCUUGGUGAAAGUGGGCGAUUGCCUAAGCCUAAUGACAAUCUUUGUUCCAUAUGUCUCUGUGAAUACCAGCCCAAGGAGACCUUGAGGACCAUACCUGAAUGCAAUCAUUAUUUUCAUGCCAAUUGUAUAGAUGGAUGGCUGAAGAUGAAUGCUACUUGUCCUCUGUGUCGCAAUUUACCUGAAAGAUCUGUUGCAUCAUUAACCCCGUCUAUACCUGCAUCUCCCACUUAUUAGGAUUUCCCCAUUGUAUUUCUAAUAACUUUGUUAGACACGAUCACAAUGUACUAUACAUUCUUUUAUUUCGGUGGAAGUUUCUAUCUAUACAAAAUUCCUACACUUAUACUCA